AGUCAUACCGCGGUCUGGACUCACAGGGGAGGAGAGGAUCAACUUUUACCCCAGCUCAUAAUCAUUCCGCGGUCUGGACUCACAGGGGAGGAGAGGAUCAACUUUUACCCCAGCUCAGUCAUACCGCGGUCUGGACUCACAGGGGAGGAGAGGAUCAACUUUUACCCCAGCUCAGUCAUACCGUGGUCUGGACUCACAGGCUAGGAGAAACUUGCUAUAGCCUUCUACUCUUUGUGUUUAAAAAUCCGGGGAAUAUCCAGGAAGAAGCCAAAUGUUGUCGUGUUGUAUAUGUUUCGGGGUUUUAUUUGACGAGGUGAGGGGCCUCUUAUCGAGUGGAAUCGAACAGAGGACCAAACAUCUGGCUUAAAGUGGAGUGAUUUGGAGCUGUAAAUUCAUACAAAACGAGCCCUGUCUUGAGUUGAAACCAGAGCUGUUAUGGGUUUGGAGUUAUUCUUGAUAUUUUUCGGUGCGUCGAGUAUAAGUUAGCUCAGUAGGUUUGUUAUGCGCUAAUCGGUGUUUUUGACGUCUGUAUUGAGUCAGCGUCUCAGCGUCAUGACUUCUGGUUAUGCGCAUGUAAUGGACAGACAAGACUCACUGACGAGCCGCCUGGAGAGCCCGAUAUCAGCCAAACUGGAAACACUGCAGGCCAAGAAAAACUUCUCUGUCAGCCACCUGUUGGAUCUGGAGGAGGUGCGGGAGAUGGUAGGGGUUCAGGCCAAUGAGAGCGCCGGGGAUGCGGGAAGGAGCGUGGUGGAGUCCCCGGGGCUGACCAGCGGCAGCGAUACGACGCAGCAGGAGAGUAAGUUAGUAGAAAGGGGAAUGGUGUGGCCUUCCUCCGGUGUAGAAUAACUGUAAUACGCUGUGAUAUCAGAUAGAGAAAAUUGUCACGUUAGUGAACACACGUCCGUGAACUAACACCAAUGUUUUCUUCAUGCGUUC